GCGUGCCGUCGCGACGUACCUCAGUGAGCGUCCCGACGCCGGUGGCGCAGGUUUCGGCGGAAAUUCACCCGUUCAAGUGAUUAAAGUCGGAGAAAUUCGGAGAAGUGAUUGGUUAAUUCGAUUAUCCCGCGUAGGAGAUGUUAGAUGGGUGCUGAUGGCCAUUUUCGGGUGACGCUUUCCGUCAGGAAAGAACCUGGUGCCGGUCCUGUCUUCUGCAAAAUGGAGACAUCGGCGAGGUUCAGGCAGCUCAAGACUGUAAAACUCAGCUGCGAUUCUACUUACCGAUUUGAUAUCAGCUUCAAACCGCCGCAAUUGCUGCAAUCGCUGAGUAUCGGUGGUAAACCGGUGGAGGCGAUAGAACGCGCCCGGGAUGGUACAGCUUGCGCUUACAGCACUUAUUACAGCACAAAGGAUGUGACACCGAGUGCACGUGGUCAUCGGGAGGAAUUGCCAAUUGCAAUGCGUGUACUUGCCUCGGGGUACCUCACCACCUGCCUCCAGAUAAAGUAUUACAAACCCGAUGACCACAGCCACUGCGAAUGGGGCUCCAGAUUGCACUGCAUCGAGCUCGACUGCUCAAGUGUCGAGGGAAGACUUGUUACAGUGGACAAAGAGACCUAUCGAAAACUCGGAAUUGAAUCUUAGCAUUCGACCAACGAACCCAGGACCCCGGAAUCCCCUGAAAAAAUUUUUUCAUUCGAAAGUCAGUGGUGGAAAUUCACCUGAGGGCACGUACACGACGAUAUCAUCGGUUAUUAUUUCAAAAUAUCAUUCUAUUCUGCAAACAAUUGGGAAAAGAAGAGGAAUAAAUUAAUUGUGGUAAUAGGGGGAAAUUUAAAUCGAAAGAAAAAUCCGGAAUUUUCAAUACCGCAGUUUUUCUCGGAAAAUCAGUGGUGGAAAUUUCGUUGGAUAGCGUUUG